AUGCGGCUGUUUGCACUUGAGUUCAAGUUUGAGUUCAGAUCUUUGUGGUCAGACAAAACGAGAUUGAUAUUGGGAUGUGUCGAUCCUAGUUGCAACUGGAAGAUGCGUGCAACGAAGCUCAAGUCAUCUGAUUUCUUUGUAGUGAUUAAGUAUAUGGGAGAACACAAUUGUGAUAGAACGUACAGGAAUGCAGACCACAGGCAAGCCACUGCAAAACUUCUUGGUUCGUUUAUCUGCAGUCAUUUUGCAGAAAAGAAGGCUGGACUCAAGCCAAAACAGAUAAUUGAGAGAGUUAGAUUAGAUCAUGGUGUUCAUAUAAAAUACAAAAAAGCUUGGAGAGCAAAAGAGGCAGCUCAGAUUUUGGUUAGAGGAACUCCUGAGGACAAUUACCACAACAUAGCAAAAUGGUUGUUCAUGGCUAAGGAAAGAAAUCCAGGAUCAAUUGUUUAUCUUGAGAGGGAUUCUGGUAAUAAGUUCAAAUAUGUGUUCAUUGCAUUCGGUCCAUCGAUAAGAGGUUUUGAUUUGCUGAUAAGAGUGAUUGUAGUAGAUGGUACCUUCUUGAAAGGGAAAUUUAAGGGAACUUUAUUAGUAGCUACAACACAAGAUGGAGAUCAUCACCUAUACCCGAUAGGCUUUGCUAUUGUUGAUUCAGAAAAUGAUAAAUCUUGGAAUUGGUUUUUUAUGUGUCUUCGUACUAUCAUACCUGAUGCACCAGAUUUGGUGUUUGUCUCUGAUCGUGCAUCGUCCAUUGCAAAAGCACUUACAGAUUUGUAUCCAGCAUCACAUCACGGAAUCUGCAAAAUACCACCUUGGAAGCAACAUCAAAAGUUUGCUAAAAUAUUCAUCCAGAUUCAAGAUGCAAAUCCUAAGUUGGCUGAGUAUUUACAAAAAGCUGAUUUCAGAAAGUGGGCUCGUUCCAAUGUUCCUUCAAAUCGUUACAAUAUUAUGACAACAAACAUUGUAGAGUCAUUUAAUUCGAUGUUGAAAGAACCACGAGAGUUGUCAGUUCUUUCUCUUCUGGAGACAAUCAGGUUAACUUUGACUUCGUGGUUUCAUGAGAGACGUGAAAAGGCUACUAAACAUGACAAGCUUGUCACGCCGCAAGUAGUGAAGAAGUUGGUAUUAAGGUUCUCAGAUGCAAUGAAACUUGACGUUUUCCAAGUUGAUGAAGACGAGUUUGAGGUGAAGGACAACAUUAACAAGUUUAUUGUUCACUUGAAGAACAUGCAUUGCAGUUGCUGUGUUUUUGACAUCGACAAAAUUCCGUGCAUUCACGCCAUUGCUGCUGCGAAGCGUUCAAAUAGGGAUGAAAACCAGUUUGUUCAUAUUUGCUAUUGGACUGGGACAUGGGCUAAAGUAUAUGCUGAAAGCAUACACCCGAAUGGAGAUAUAAAUGAUUGGACUUUCCCUGAUGUUAUAGGCGAAUUCUUUUGUGCACCUCCAUUUAGUAAGCCAAACAGUGGGAGACCACCAAAAAAAGAAAGCGAUCUGUUGGAGAAUUUGGGGUGCCAGGUUCGAAGUCUCAGAGCCACAAGUGCAGUAGAUGUGGCACAUCAGGACACAAUAAGAGUACAUGCCGACUUACCAUAUGAUUAUUGGUGUGGUAGAGGAUGA